AUGGAUUUGCUACCAGACGACUUGGCCUCAGCGGUGAGAAAAUCGUGGUCGGAAGCAGCAGUCACAGAGGGGGUCGAUUCCCCCAUUGGAACCCCGCGUGGAACCCCCAAAAGCUCAGAGGGUCGUGGGUCGAUGUCUCUGGAAUCAAACACACCAGUGGAUUAUCAACUUCUGAACCAUCAUUACGCGAGUUCUGAUGUGAACAGAAGAAUCAGUGUUCAAGAAGAAAUUUCAGAUGUCUUGGGAGGUAUAGAUCCAUCGACUUAUCCCCAGGGUCCGCAGCAAACUACCCGCAGAAAAUCUAUAGAAGAAGUGUCAAAAAUACGCCAGUGGUUGAACCCUCGCAGCUCGUUUUCGGGAGUUUCCAGCGAAGAACCCUGCUUGUACACCGACAUUAUGUCCCAGAAACGAUGGGUCACUGUCGUGGAAUCAGAAGACGACUACUGGCCAAUCUUGGUCCUACAGCAUUCCUUAGUCAGUAGUGGGUCUCGCUACAGAUUGCUGGUUCUUUUCACCGAACAGAACAGGACCGUCGCGACGCAUCUGGCCCACCACGGCGUGGAAACAUGGAAGGCAACAGACAUCGCGCCCACUUUGGUUUCGUCUUCUUCGGCGCUCCCAGCACCACUGGCUUCUGAUCUGCCGCCGUCUUCGAGAUGGUGCAAGCUGCUGCCCUUCGUUUCGCUGGCGAAUACAUUCGAACUGGUUUGCUACUUGUCGCCGCGUUCAUUCGUGUUGUCCAACAUCGACGAACUGCUAGACUCUGAAGUCGUGUCUUCGGAGAUUGACAACGAGACCUGCGUACUACUUACAAACUCGAUGCAGUCUUCGCCCACAGUCAUGGUACUUCGUCCCAAUAGAGAGAUCGACGCUUGCAUCCGCGAAUACAUGACCGUAUACACGGAUUCAGAAAAUAACGGUAAGUGGUCGAAGCUGCGAGACUCUAACGACGCUGCUGUACUGAGGGAACUAUUUCAGGAGUCCUGGGGAAUAGUUGCUUCUGAGUAUUGUCAUACCGGAGUUGACGGCGUGCCGGCACAUGCCAAACUCGUGGAAUGCAGCACAUCUCAACCUUGGAAGGGCACCGACAGCACCAGCAGGCUGUGGCAGCGUGCAUACAGUCAGAUCAAUCCAUAG